UAUUACUCUGUGGAAGUGUGUUAUGCUGGGUUAAACGACAGCAACCACCCUGAGACCAGACUGCGCAAGGAUUUAUUGCCAUCUGAUUACCAUCGUUUUAAUCGCCCUGUUCGAGAUAGAACUACUGUUAUCUUUGUGAAGUAUUUUGCCGGUCUGUACCAACUAGUUGGCUUCAACUCACAAGAACAAUCGAUCCAGUUGUUGAUCUUUCAGAACAUAACUUGGCACGAUGAGUUCUUGAAGUGGAAUCCAGCAAAUUAUUCUGGAAUUGAGAAGAUCCGGAUCCCUCAAUAUUCCGUAUGGAUGCCUGACGUUCUUCUCUAUACAGAAAUAGGAAAUCUUGAUUACCUCAAAUUUUAUUAUAUUGCGCCUCUAUUGGUAAACUAUGGUGGUAACGUAUCUUGGUCUCAGCCAAUGAACAUAGAAACUACUUGCUCGAUGGAUGUGACAAACUUUCCAUUUGAUUCGCAAACAUGUGAAAUCGCGAUGGGAUCAUGGCAGUACACAACGGCUGAAAUGAGAAUGUCUUGUGACAAUGAGCUGAAUUUGGAUGCAUAUAUACCUGAUAGUCUAUGGGAUUUGAAAGGAGCUUCGUGUCAUGAGCGAUUUAUGGAUAACUACAGUGAUGCAGUAAUAACUGUGACCUUCAAACGACUUCAAACAUUCUUCGUCGUCAACUUAGUAAUCCCCACAGUUCUAUUACUGGGAAUCAGUUCUCUCACUUUCUUUAUUCCGGGAGAAAUUGGUGAAAAACUGAGUUAUGGUGUGACGGUUACACUAUCGCUUUGUGUCAAUUUGACUAUUUUUACAAUCUUCAUUCCCAUGACAUCAAAAACAUUUCCCAAGUUGUUCACAUACUUUCUAUCUACCAUUGUUUUAUCGUGUGUAUCAAUGGUCUUGGCAACAGUGUCCGUUAAUUUUGUCAAUAUCAGCAGAAACAGCAAAAAUGAAGACGAAUUUGCAGCGUUUAAAUCACCGUUUACAGAUAUGGAAUUAAAUAAGCUUGCCAAUCGCGUUUGCUCGAAUAAAACGAAGAUGACACGACUAAGAAAAAUUGACUCCGUUAUUGGGUUCAUAUAUUUUCUGGGAGUGACAAUCUACUCUGUUGCUUUUUUUAUGUUGAUGAGUCGCUAACGGAAUCCUUAUUGCUGUUCAACAAUACAUUUAAAAGUAAACAGUCUCAUUUUAACGAAAGUCUUUGACAAAACUUAUAACUUAAUGUUCCCGGGUUGAUAUACUCAAACUAUGUAUCAACCAUAUGCGUCGACCAAACUUCCAGUUUCAACCAAAGAUGUAUAAGUCCGAUAAAUGAGUCAAUCAGGCUCAACACUUGGGAUGACCAGCCCAAAACAUUUCACUUUUUUCUUUUUCAAGCCAAAGAAUUUGCUAAAUUGUUGUCAACAAAAAAAGACAUCAAGUUAUUAUAUUUAUACCAGCAACAAAAAAUAGACUUUGAUCAAAAA